UCCAUUGGGGUCUCCCCGCGCAGGUUCGAAUCCUGCCGACAACGAAUCUUUUCUGUUCAGAAACGUACGCGAACCGGAAGUGUUAGGCCAGUUUCCAGAUCACGGUGAUAUUAUAUUUAACAUAGGGAAAUAAAAUAGCUUUUUUUAAAAAAAAAUUCGACUAGUUAUAUCGUUCAUUUCUGAGCAGACUGCAAAGAAAUGAUUCACACGUCUCUAUGGUAACAAACGUAGCGUUCUCCACCGGAUAAUCAUGGCGGAUGAUUUGGAUGAUUUACUUGAUGAAGUCGAAUCAAAGUUUUGUAGCAGCAAGUCUGCAUCCAAACAAUCAACUUGCGCCUUUAAACAAACGAACCAAAAAUGUGCUAACCCGGAGGACAAGAAACAGUCAAGAAAACAACAUGACAGUGAUGAUAUUGACGCUAUGCUGCAAAAAAUACUGGAUAAGGAUUAUCAACCCAUCAGCACUCAUGCAAGUCAAAUAACUGGACAAAACCUGUUCUCAAACAAUGUCCAAGAAAUGCUUUCCAGUGUUUCUUGGUGGAAGCUCUGUACCUCACGGUGUUGGAACCAGCGUUUCUCAAAGAUGAAAACUAAUUUAGAAUCGAUCUUGCCUGGGGCCUGCAACCAUUUAAGAUGCACGUCUUGCGAUUUCAGUGUAAUUAAGUUUGAGAAUCACGAGUGGGACUCUUCCUGUGACUUUAUUUUUCAGGAAUAACAUGCCAGAAUAUCACAAACUAAAAGCCAAACUAAGAAGGAAAAUGGGUGUAGCUGGCACUCGACCCUGAUACUAUCAGACCUGAGGGAGCAACAGCAGCUAAAGUGGGUUUGUGGCAAACACAAAG